AUGGCACCCAUCUACAUAUCAGUUAUCGAAAAACAUACAUAUGCCGAGAAUUACGAUACAGCUACAAAAUCAUACGAAUCAGCCCGUCGUCUUCUGAGCAGUCAGCAAAUCAUCCCGGAUAAGAAUAUGGCUUUAAUCUACAGCACAGUUAUUGAAAGACAUAUAUCUCAUGAUAAUUCUGAUCAAGCUAUAGAAGUUUAUGAAUCAGCACGUGGUCUUCUCACGAAUCACAAAGUGGAACUAGAUGAGAAAAUGGCUUCCAUCGACAUGUCAGCUAUUGAAAGUCACAGAUUUUUUGGGAAUUUUAAUCAAGCCAUAGAACCAUAUAAACCAGCAUGUCGCCUUCUGCCACCAGACAAUAUUAUUAGACUUCAUCAGAAAAUGGCCUCCAUGUACAUGUCAGUUAUUGAAAGGCAUACAUCUAAUGAGAAUUUUGAUCAAGCUAUAAAAGCAUAUAAAUUAGUACGUCGUUUAGUAUUAGUACUUCCAAAUUAG